AUGGCGGCGUUGGUGACCGAGGCCCGUGUGCUUGAGGGUCCCGGCGCCUCCGGGGAUAGGCGCCCGGCUCAGGAGCUGAGUCAGGCGGUGAGCCGCCUGCUGCCGGGCUUAGAAGCCGAGAGCAAGUUGAGCCGGCGCCGGGCCCUGGAGGGUCUUCAGCGUGAGCUCGAAGAAGGAGCCCCGCUGCCUCCCAGUGCCGACUUCCAGGAGCUCUUUGGCCGCUUGCUGCUGUCACGCCUGCUCCGGUGCCUGGGAGACCCUGCUGAGAAGUGCCGGGCCCUGGCCGUGCAGCUCCUCCGCCUGGGCCUGAGCCACGGGGCCCGGCCCCAGGACGCGCUGCCGCAGCUUAUUCCCGCUCUCACGCAGCGCCUGGCCGGCCUAGGCUCCGGGCAGCUGGUGGAACCCUGCGAGGAGCUGCGCCUGGCGCUGGUGGAGCUGCUGAGCCUCGUGGUUCAGCUGUGUGGCCGCGGCCUGGCCCCGUACUUGGACGAGAUGGUGCGCAUCCUGCAGAAGACCAUCGUGGACCCCUUCCCGGAUGUCAAGAGGGAGAGCUGCAAACUCGCGGGGGACUACGCGCAGAGCAUCCCAGAUCAUUUCCAUAUGCAGUCAGAGUCUUUAAUCGCUCCUCUCAUGCAAACGAUUUCUCACCAGCACUCCAAGGUCCGAGUGGCUGUGAUUCAGGCCACGGGGUUGGUGAUACAGUUUGGGAAUGCCAAGUCAGUGGAUGAUGUUAUUUCUCAUUUUGCACAAAGGCUAUUUGAUGAUGUCUCCCAGGUUCGAUAUGCUGUGACCUCUGUUGUUGGAAACUGGCUAUUACAUUUAAGAGACAGAUAUUCAUUCUUUCAUAAGCUAAUUCCAUUAUUAUUAAGCAGCUUUGAUGAUGAAAUACCUGAAGUCACGGAGUUGGCUGUCAGCCUCUGGGAGAAGAUAGGCCUACAGUGGCAAAAAGAAAAUGAGGAUGAUCUGAAGGAUAAGCUUGAUUUUGCUUCUCCCCCACCAUCUCAUUACCCUAAAGGAGUGACUCGUCCAGUAUUGGGAUGUCGGGAACUUAUUUUCAGAAACCUCUCCAAAAUUCUCCCAGCCAUCUGUAAUGAUAUAACAGAUUGGGUUGUAGGAAACAGAGUAAAAUCAGCUCAGCUGCUGGCUGUAUUAUUACUCCAUGCAGAAGAUCACAUUACCCAGCACUUAGAAGUGGUGCUCAGAACCCUCUACCAGGCCUGCUCAGAUGACGAAAAGUCUGUGGUUAGCAAUUGUAUAAAAUCAGCAGAAUUGGUUGGAACAUUUGUCAACCCUGAGGUGUUUCUGAAGUUAAUCUUCCCAGCACUGAAAAAAUCAAUUCGUCCAUCUUGUCUUAUGGUCUUGGCUGCAGUUACUAGAGGCUGUUCAAGACAAUCCCUUAAACCUCAUCUAAAUAACAUUGCCAGCUUCCUGUCACAGACGCAGAUUUGUCAAGGCUCUGAAGAUAGCCAUUAUAUGGAGCAGUUGCUUUGUUGUGUACAAGCAUUAAUCCAGGUGGGUCAGGAAGAUUGCAAAGAAUCAAGUUUGCAGCUCAUGGAAGUUCUGGUGACAGUCAUGGCUGUCUCAGGUGCUGCAGGCCUUUCUGAAAAGGUUCAGGAGACAAUGAACUUAUUAGCUCAGAUGCAGAAAUAUGAUGGGACCCUGGAUCUCUAUCAACAGCAUAUGGACCACCUUAUGGAAUGGCUCACUUUAUCACAUCAGGACUGGAACUGUCAUUCAGUGGAAUUACUACAGUUUGAAGUAGUUGUCAUUCAUUCGGGUCCUGUAUUAGGUAAAGCUCUUAAUUACUUCAUUCCUAUCAUUAAGACAUGUCUUCAACCAACCAAAGAUCCACAAAUGCGCCUAAAACUCUUCACAGUCUUUUCGCAAGUGCUUCUAAAAGCAAAAGAUACUGUGAAUGCACACCAGGAGUUUCAUGACUACCUUGAGACAGUGAUAAAAGACAUAUUGGUUCCUAAUCUGGAGUGGCAUGCUGGAAGAACUGCAGGUGCCAUUCGCACUACAGCUGUAUCGUGCCUUUGGGCUCUUAUUCACAGUGAGAUACUUUCAUCAAAACAGAUAAUGGAAAUACAAGAAGUAUUGAUGCCUCAAAUUAUUAAUACACUGGAAGAAGAUUCUAAAAUGACUCGAUUAAUGUCAUGCCGUAUUAUUAACAUAUUUUUAAAGGCCUGUACUGACACAAUUGAUCCAGAUAAAUUCAUCAAGAUUUAUCCAGAACUCUUGAAACGUCUGGAUGACUCUUCAAAUGAAGUACGAAUUGCAGCUACAAGUUCCUUAAUUAGCUUGCUUAAAUGUAUCAAAAAUGAUGAUGAGAAAUCCUAUUUAAAAAGCAAUAUGCAAUUUCUUUACAAAGAACUGUUGGUCCACCUUGAUGACCCAGAUAGUACCAUUCAGGAUGCAGUAUUAGGAGUUUUAAAGGAAGGAAGUAUUCUAUUCCCAAACAUACUCAUGGAAGAAGUUGAAGCUGUUAAAUACAAACACCGAUCUCUAGUUUAUUGUGAACAGCUUUUGCAACACAUCCAGUCAACUAGAAGUGUCCUCUAAAUGCAAGAUUCUAGAAAUAAUGGAUUUAUUGCAAUUUUUUGAAUUGUAGGUUAGUGUCAGAUUUCUCCUUUUUUUGGACAUUAGUUGAAGGUACUUAAUUCUACAAGCAGAGCUAUUUUUUUACUAACAAUCCAGAGAAAGCAAGAAAUUAUAGUGUUAAAAAAAAAAAAAGUAUGUUCUCUCUCUCUUUUUUUGCACAUACAGUACUCUAGGAAAACACAUUCUCCUGUGAACUUCUUAAUAAUCUUUAAAAGCAAUACUAAUGUCCAUUAAGCUGAUUCUGUACUCAGGUAUAAUUUAUACAGUUUAUUCACAGGACUUUUAGUCUCUGGGUAAUUUGAAAUUAAAAUUAAAUGCAGUUAUCCACACUGACAGUAAAACCAACAUUAUUUUUAUGUUAAUAUGCAUUGGAUGCAUAUGUGAGAUAAUACUAUCAUACUGAUUAGAUUUAAAUGACCAGGAGUCUAAUUAUAAUUAAUUUUCUAUUCCAGUAAUUUAAUAAAGUAGCAAAACCAAGAAGAUUUGUAGCUAUUUCUUAGGUUCUGUGUCAUGUAACUAAUAGUUAAGGCCACACACUUUUAAAAAUACUUUUAUAUCAGAGAAUUGUCACAAGUAAAAUGUUCACCAUUUUCAACAGAUUAUAAUUUAAUAUGCAAGCAGUCAUUUUUGAAGAAAAAAUUAAUGUUUAGAUCGACAGUGUUGAAGUGUUAAAUAAAGGAUAAGAUAUAAUUUUAGUUGCUUUCUUAUAAAAAAUAAAAAAAUAAAUAAAUAUCUUUUAUUUUUAAAGCUAUCAGAUGUUUCACAAUGAUUAUUUCUUAGCACUUUCUUUUCCAAAGUGCCUUAUAGACUUACAUUUUCAAAUUUAUAUUGACCCAAGGAAAAGAUAAUACAUUUUUUCUGUCUAUUUUGCAAUAAUUUAUUAUACCAUUUAAAAUUU